AUUUUGUAACUUGUAUAUUUUUUAUCCUACAUUUUUAGGAUUGAUAAUGGCUCAUAGAGGCCGAAACUAGUAGUCCAUUUUGUAAUAAAUGACAUUGAGUUUUCUUUCCUUAGUAAGGAAUGCCACAUUAAAAGCGAAUGGAUCUUGCAAACGGUUUGCCGGACACUGUAUACAUGAUAAAUGUAUCAAAUUUUUAUUGCGUCAUUGUUUAAAAUUUUAAUUUUUAAGCUGAUAUCACUAUAUAAUUGUUUUCAUUUACAAAUAAAUUUCAAGAAAAUAAAAUAAAGUGAUUUUGGUAAUUUUCAGCACGAUUCAAACCACUGCAAACCGUGUCGCGUCGUCUACUUUCUCCCAAAUAGUAGCUUGCAUGCCGCACGUCACUAGAACUAGUUAUCGAUGAAUCGACGAUUCCUACUGCUGCCUGACCUGUUAUCAGGUUUUUCAAAGGUUUUCUCUUAGCAACAUAGAAAUACUGGGUCAGCAACACAUCUUCUCAGAUACCUACCAUCCCCACCAUUCCUUCUAUCUCCAUAGUCUCAGACAUAAAUGGGGUCCAAAGUUUAUCCAGGGCUGUGGCUAUAAAUUAAAUUGAGUGUUUCUUAGACCGCACUGUUUGUACGGAGGGUUUGGCCGUAAACUCUAAUGUCAGAAUAGAAUAUACAAAAAUAUGAAACCGCGAAAGAGUGCCGCCUAUUACAGUGCGUCGUUCAAAAUAUGCGGUUUAAAAUUGUUUUUGAUUUUUUUAUUAACGGUAGGCGUGUCAGGGCAAUAUGAGUGGCAAUCAAAGGACUCCUUCGACAGAAUAUCCCUUGCGAUGAAGGGGGUGAACCAAAACAAUUGUGAAAGAAAACAUGUUAAUAAUUUGUACUUGCCAGAGGGAACGGUAUCGCACUUGCCGGAUAUCAAAGAGUUCAACAUCAAUCCUGUGUUUCCCAACAGAACUAAAUUGUUGCAUAUCCACAAUAUGGCAAUGAACAGGGCCUUCUUUUGGUCCUACAUUCUCCAGAGCAGAUUUAUUAGACCUGCCAUUAAUGACACGUACGAUCCUGGAAUGAUGUACUAUUUUUUGUCAACAGUAGCUGAUGUUUCUUCCAAUAAACAUAUCAACGCUAGUGCUAUUUAUUUCUCACCUAAUAUGUCGUAUUCCAGCUCUUAUAGAGGGUUCUUUAAUAAGACAUUUCCAAGAUUCGCACCAAGGACUUUCAGAGCCCACGAUUUCAACGAUCCAACACAUUUGGAACACAUUUCCACGUUGAAUACGUUUACCGUGGACGAUUUGGGGGCCAUACCUCUAGAUACUAGCAGUGAUUAUACCUCAGAUUACUACCGGAUUAACUCUUGGUACAAAAAAUGGCUACCAGACAAGUUCGAAGGGAGGUACGAUACGAAAACCACGUAUCAAAUUAAGAUUCGAUACGCCAAUAAUACAAACGAAACGAUUAUUUUCUACGGUCCUCCCGCGGCCGAUGAAAGUCCAGGUCCUGUCAAAUUUACGGAGCCGUAUUUCGAUUGUGGACGAUCUAAUAAGUGGUUGGUGGCUGCCGUUGUCCCAAUUGCCGAUAUAUAUCCUAGACAUACCGGGUUUAGGCAUAUUGAAUAUUCAAUAUAUACCGCCGCAGCUGUAGUUGAAAUGGAUUUUGAGAGAAUAGAUAUCAAUCAGUGCCCCGUUGGUAAGGGGAACGACGGUCCAAACAUGUUUACAAAUACUGCACGGUGUAAAAAUAUAACGACUACGUGCGAACCACUUCACGGAUGGGGUUUUCGAAGGGGAGGUUAUCAAUGUCCCUGUAAACCAGGUUACCGACGACCAUUGCAAACCAGGCGACCUUUCUUGGGUGAAAUAAUCGAAAAAGCUACAUCCGAACAAUAUUACAUCGGAUUUGACUGUCAAAAAAUCGAAGGGAUCCAAGAACUGCCCGUGCAAUGGGAAAAAUCCGACAGUUAUUUGCAAGAAGAAGUAAUGGACAAGUAUCCCGAAUACCGCGACCAAAUUUACGGCCCGGCCAGUUUAAGGCAGCCCAAAUUGAACAUUCAUCGAGUCAUGGAGUACAUCUGGGAUAUGAAAAAAGAAAAUUGUAAGAAGUAUAAACCCGAAGACUUGUUGUUGAAUAAAGGAGUGAUGUUUGGCGCCGAGGAAUUUUUCGAAAAUGAAGCAAAAAUGGCCCUCCGACUAGCCAACUUCAUAAGCGCGUUUCUACAGGUUUCAGAUCCUAAGGAAGUUUAUUCCGGAAAUAGGGUGGCUGAUAAGGAAUUGACCGAAGACCAGAUGAUUGGAGAAACACUUGCAUUAGUAUUAGGUAACAACCGCAUAUGGUCAGCAGGAAUCUACUGGGAACGAAAUAAAUUUCCAAACCGAGCCCUUUUCGCCCCUUAUGCAUACAAAAAGAAUUUGAAUACUAGAACGGUUAACGUAGAAGACUUGGCACGAUCAGACAAUCCUGACGAAGUGUACCUAAACAAGCAAUGGUACACAUACCAGAAACACAAAUGGGCUACCUCCUUUGACAACUUGGAAAAGUUCUAUAUGAAGAUCAGGAUCAGAUUCAACGAAACAGGGGAGAAUACUAUGAAAUAUGAACAUUUUCCGACUUAUUAUAGAGGUGCUAGAUUGGAACACGGCUUCUGGAGUAAGCCUUAUUACGAUUGUUACGGAAAAGUGCCUAUGUGGAAGAUUAAAUACGUUUCUCCGUUUUUCGGAUGGGACAGUCUAAAGGCCAAACUGGAAUUUAAGGGUGUUGUUGCAGUUACUAUGGAUUUGUUAAACUUGGAUAUUAAUCAGUGCCCUGGUCCAUAUUAUGCUGAGAACGCUUUUGAAGGGACCGAUAAAUGUGACCAUAUGGGGUCAUAUUGCGUCCCUAUACCAGGACGAGGGUUCGACACGGGUGGUUACAAAUGCGAGUGUAAACAGGGGUACGAGUAUCCCUUCGAAGACGCAAUAACUUACUACGACGGGCAACUGAUAGACUCCGAAUUCAUCAAUCUCGUUGACGACAAUGAAACACGCUUUAACAUGUUUAAGUGCCGAUUAGCCAGCGCCAAUGAAACAAAAGGAGAAAAAUUGGUAUCAAAAAAUUAAGAUCUGAAGAAGCAUAUUCCAUUCAACAAAUUAAUUUUAAAGUGACUCAAAUAUUUUAUGAUAUUCGAAUCUGCAGAGCUUAAUUAUUGUAUGCAUUUAUUUUGAUUCAUCUAUAUUAUAUUCGACAUUUUUUACAAUUUAUUUUUUAUAAACUUGAC